UUAUAUAGCUAGGUAAACCCUACGGCCCGUAAGCUGGUUUAAAAGCUUCUAUGGACGAUUUUUUUUCCGAUUAAUUUUGAACGGUUUUAUUUUCAGGCGUAGAUAAAUCCGGUGGCUAUUGCCACCAUAUAUCGGCUAUCGGCUAUCGGCUAUCGGCUAAUCAGCGUGAUUUAGUGCACUUUAUACUAUUUAGCCAUGCGAGUGCUCUGGAGAAUAUACUAAUGCAGAGCACACAAAUGUUUUAUCAAUUCUGGAGAGUAUACCGACUAUUCAUCAAACCGACGCAGAGCACACAUAAAUGUUUUAUCAGAUUUUCAUCAGAUCUGAAAUAAAGAGGUGAAGAAUAUUGAAAUCAUCGACAACCAUCAAGACAAUUUUUCUUCGGUAGAACUUUAGAAAUUCAUCGAUCAUCAUCAGAGGCAUGCAAGAUUGUACCAUCAUAAUUACUUAAUGGUGAAACUGAUUUUAUGUUUUCCCAUCCAAUAAACAGGUUUACACUGCAUGCAGAAGUCUCUCUCUGUCAUAAUAGUGACCUAGAGUUUGAAGCUUAGAGAGAAUGUCGUCUGUGGAGUCAAGUACUCAACAUAUAUCCUCCUUACACAUUGAAGAUGUGAUUGAGUCCCAGAGUUGGGCUGCACCACCUCUUGCAAAGAAUUUGGGGUUGUUGUCUGCAAAUAAGAUAAAACUUGCAAAAAUGUUGAUGGAAGAGCAACAAGAACAUCUUUUUGCUCAUUGGCCUGAACCAGGUUCUGAUGAUGAAAAGAAAAAGUGUUUCUUUGACCAGGUUGAAAAGCUUGAUGCUAGUUACCCAGGUGGCUUGCGUGCAUACAUUCAUAAUGCUAGACAACUCUUGGCAGAUUCAAAAGCUGGGAAAAAUCCUUUUGAUGGAUUUACCCCUAGUGUACCAGCUGGGGAGUUUUUGUCAUAUGGUGAGGAUGACUUUGUCAAAUUUGAAGAAGCUGGGGUCAAUGAAGCAUGCUAUGCAGUAUUUGUGCUUGUAGCAGGUGGACUAGGUGAACGUCUUGGUUACAGUGGUAUCAAAUUGGCACUGCCGUCUGAAACAACAACUGGAACUUGUUUCCUGCAACUCUAUAUAGAGAGUAUACUGGCUCUACAGGAAGCCAGCUACAGGAAGAACAAAGGAAAUAUCAAUUUGCAAAUUCCCCUCGUGAUAAUGACAUCGGAUGAUACUCAUAGUCGAACUCAAGAGCUUCUUGAAUCAAAUGCAUAUUUUGGGAUGAAGUCUGAUCAAGUUCACCUUCUGAAGCAGGAGAAGGUAGCCUGCUUACAAGACAAUGAUGCUAGAGUGGCACUGGAUCCUUCAGACAAAUACAAAAUUCAGACAAAGCCGCAUGGGCAUGGAGAUGUACAUGCAAUGCUUUAUUCCAGUGGGCUUCUGGACCAAUGGCAAAGGUUAGGCCGGAAAUGGGUUUUAUUUUUCCAAGACACAAAUGGAUUACUUUUCAAGGCAAUACCAGCAGCCUUAGGUGUCAGUGCCACUAAGGAUUUUCAUGUUAAUUCACUGGCUGUUCCUCGUAAAGCUAAAGAGGCAAUUGGGGGCAUUGCUCAACUUACACAUAGUGAUGGUAGAAGAAUGGUGAUAAAUGUGGAGUACAAUCAACUAGAUCCUUUGCUCCGAGCCACUGGACAUGUACAUGGCGAUGCUAAUAAUGAAACAGGAUAUUCACCAUUCCCUGGAAAUAUCAAUCAGCUAAUACUAAAGCUUGGGCCAUAUAUAGAAGAGCUAUCCAAAACAAAAGGAGCUAUUACAGAAUUUGUGAACCCAAAGUAUAAAGAUUCUAGUAAGACAUCAUUUAAGUCCUCAACUCGAUUAGAGUGUAUGAUGCAAGACUAUCCAAGAACUUUAUCUCCCUCGGCUCGAGUUGGCUUCACUGUGAUGGACACAUGGCUUGCUUAUGCACCAGUGAAAAACAAUCCAGAAGAUGCUGCUAAGGUACCAAAGGGUAAUCCUUAUCAUAGUGGGACGAGUGGAGAGAUGGCCAUUUAUAGAGCACAUUCCAAAAUUCUUAGGAAGGUAGGUGUUAAAGUAGAAGAUCCUAGGAUUGGAAUUUUUAAUGGGCAAGAAGUUGAAGUGUGGCCACGGAUUGUAUGGAGUCCAAAGUGGGCUAUGACAUUUUCAGAACUGAAGCAAAAACUGUCUGGCAGUUGUCAAAUUUCACAGAAAUCAACCUUUGUUAUUAAUGGUGCUAAUAUUUACAUCGAAAGCCUCCUCCUUGAUGGAGCGCUCCUAGUAUAUAGUGUUGACAAUUCUGAGGUUAAGCUGUCAGCUCGUGUGAAGAAUGAUGGAUGGAUAUUUGAACCUGUUAACUACAAAGACAAUUCUUUGCCAGAGGAAAUUCGGAUCAGAGGCUUUGCUAUCAAAAAGAUUGACCAGACAAUCUUGAAGUAUGAUCAAUCUGGAAAAUAUUGUGUCGAUUUUAGCAAUAUUAACUGAAUUGGAGACACUUAUCACAUCAGAGAAGUGUAUUCUUCCAGUCCAUUCGUUAUACAAAACUGGUUCUCGUUUUCAAAUGUUCACUUCCAUUAUUGGUCUGAAUAAAGUCUGCUGACAUCUCAAGCCAUAGAAUGUGCCCACUGAUAUCCUUGAAUAAAGAACCAUGCUAGAUAUAAGAAUGAUAUUUUCCUAUCUGCUUAUUGCUUCAAAGAAUAUGAUAUUGAUGUGAUAGGUGGUCUUAGUUUUCUCCGACUACUACUUGUUUAUAUUCACAUGUUGAACUAUAUACGAACUUCUCAUCAUUAAAUUAGAACAGCAUCCUCUCCAAUACGUGGGAUCAAAAUACGAGCUAAUAGAGGGAAGAUCAGAAACAAACAAAUUUUUAGUGGCCGUGGCAGAGCUGGAGAGAUAUUUGAGUAUUGUGAAUAAGCCCGCCAAGAUUGGUUAUAAGUAUGUUCAACAAAAAUAAGCUAAUGAUUUAGGGUCUUGAAGAUUGCUACCGAAGCUAAAAAGUAUACUAGAUUCAUCUGUAGGGGUGGAGGGCAUACAGUUAUCUACCUCAACGAGUAUCAAUACAGUACAACUCUCGGUUGCAUUUAAGUCGUCUCUUAAUUGAUCCGAUAAGAAAAUGAAGAGUUCAGUGCUUCCAAAGCAGCGUUGUAAUUUGAAAAUAUGAUAUUCUAUCACAAAUUGAUUAGAUGUAGCAUGAGACCAAGUUCUCUUCUAUUA